UGGCGAUACUGGCAUGCUUUGACAGCAGAUCAGAAUUAUACGUAGCUACUGUCCGGUAUGUAAACAAAAUUGUUUAUGUGGUAACGGCAGGAAAACGACGUAUACACGAAAAGAAAAUUAUGCAGUAAAAAGAUAUCAAUGAGAUGUCCCGGAACGUAGCCUAUUUUUCCGAAAUGUAAAUUAUAAAUGUAACAAAGUGACAAUAUUGGCAAAUAACGUUUUUUAAUAACAGAAAAAUGAAAGUUACGACGUUGAAGGGCAUUUUUCCCGAUCCUAAGCCAGUCAGAAGGAAGAACUUUAUUCAAGAAAAUGUGAGAAACCUCCGACGAAUGGAACAAUGCUUUCAAGCGAGCAAAGAAGUGGAGGAACUACAAAAGUUACAAAUAGACAAACAUUACAGGAAUAAAGACAAGUACCAGAAUGUGCCAGCAAAGGUAGUUACUAGUCUCAGGGACAAGAAGAAACACGAGAACUAUAAUGUUGAUCGAGUGUCAACUGACAAAGUGGAAACUGACGAACAAGCACAGAAUGAAACUGAUGUAUUUGAAUACAAUAAAAAACAUACUGUUUCUACUAAAAAAAUUGUUGAAUCAGGAAUGAAUAAUAACAUAUCAAAUAGACAAAAGAGGGCGAGUAAGCAUAAAAAUCAGCAAAAAUUACAAUCAAAGGUUUUGUCCGAACCAAAUGUUUUGCACAAGUCUGAUGAGAUUGGAAAUAAUUUAGAUGCACAAAGUAUUGUCAAGUACAAAAGUCAAGGAAUCCAGACUUUAGAUACAGAUCAACUGGAAAGUAUAUACUCCGAAGGUGUUAUUCGAUAUCCAUCAAGGGAAGUUAUAAAACAUGAAACAGCAAACAAUGGUGAUUUAAAUAAGCAAGAGGAGAUCUUGAAAAAACAAUCUGAUUCUCCUACAGAUAGAGGUGAUAUGCAUGAUUCUGAAGACUUGCAGAAAACUAAUUUACGAGAUACCGUGUCGCCGACAUCUAAAGAAGAAAUCAAUUUUAUCAAAUUAAAUAAAGAACGCACUUCUGUUGCUAAUAAGCUAAUGACGCAACUUAAUGGUGUACCACCUCCGAAUUAUCGCAAAGGAGUUGUACCUAAAUAUCUUCGAGAUAGAAAGGAAGCACAAGAAAAGGAGCAAAAGGCCAAAGCGGAAGCAUUGCAGUCUGACUGUCCAGAGGGUCAUGUGCCCUUACCUGAUCAUGAACGCAAGGAGACGUUACGAUUAUUAAAAAAAAAUUAUCAGGAUUAUGUCAACGAAUUAAAUAUGAUGCCCAUAAAAACGGAUACGCUUAGAGCACAGAGACGCAAGAUCGAGAUAGAGAAGCAAUUGAAUAAAUUAGAAGAGGGGAUCAAAGUGUUUUCGCGUCCAAAAGUUUAUGUGAAAAUAAAUGCAUAAAGUUGCAUUAUUUUGCAUUUAAAAUGCAAUACGUAUGUUUGAAAAUAACGUCCCAUGUUUAAAUCUAAAAUAAUCAUAUAUCGUUUGAGAAUCCAUUGUGACAAAUGUGAUCGUAUUUUGUUAUUGCAAAAGAAUGAAAACUAAUUGUAUAUAUUUCUCAUCAAGCUAGUCAAUUUUGCAUAUAUACAUAUGAAAAAUUGGCUACCUUGAUCUGAUUGAUGUCUAGUGUUUAAAAAAUUCUAAGAAAUGAAGAAAAAUAAAAUUCAACUAUUUUCAUACAAGCACAGUCAGGAUUUUUGCUAGCCAUUGUGUAGAUAGAAAUAUCUUUUUAACGAUAUAAUAAAUAUUUUACUUAAU